AUGGAAAAAGUGAGGAAAAGGCAGGCGGGGAGUCUGAAUCGAGCGGGGAGGAGACUCAAUUUAUGUGCCAGAGAUUUCCGACGGAAACUCAUAGAAACCUUCUCUUUUCUGUUUCCUGGGAAACUUGCUCAAAAGAUCUUUUUACCGCCAAACGGCGAAGCAAUAGUGUCUAGGGGCGGCAGCAGGAAGCGUGAAGGCGGUGCAGUCGAGCAUACUGAUAGAGAAGGUGGUGAUGCCUCAGAAUUCACGUGCAAAGCAUCAUUUCUGCGUUGGGCACUGAUAACAAUUCGUGGCGACUGUUUCUCUAUUUCGAUGCAUCACCAACGAGGCAUCAAUCAUCAAACCCUUCAAGUUUCUCCAUCUCGCUGCGCCGCCAGCGGCGCGUACAUACCUCGCCGCACCAGCCUCUCUAAAAUUGACGCCGAGCUUCUCCCAUCGUCGAAACCUCAAAGCGGGAACAGUGGCUUGCAGACUGCAGGCUGGCGCCAUGCAUACCGCCUGUCAUACCACUCCGAAACUAGUAACGGAAAGAAACAACUAGGAUUAGCUGCUGCUCUAUCUUCACGCCUGAAGAGGAUUGAGAGGCGUGGCGAGAAUCCGCAUAAACGAAGCGUGGAAUAUAUAGCACUGAGGAGGGUUAGCGGGCCGGAUUUACAACUCUUGGCGACAGCCCACCAUCGCUCCACUUCUCCACUGCAAGGUGUGUUAAAAUGGCUUCCUUCCCCUUCCUUCCUCGAUCUUCCUCUCCAGAUUGUCAAAUCACUUUUCGAUUACUAUAAUCAUUCACAGCUAGAAUACUGGAAAUAUAUAUCUAUCAAAGCAGCUCGCUCAUUACGCUCUAAAACCACUUUCAAAUCCGCUCCUAAUUGGAGAAGAAUCUAUGCAAGCAACCCCUUCUAA